AUACUCUCAUUUCUCUAGUCUCUACAAUUACAGUUUCUCCUUCUCCAAGCAAACAACACAAAAACACAAACUUCUUUACUCAGAGAGGAGAGAGAAACUCGAAGAAAGAAGCCAUGGAAGCUAAAGAAGAUUCACAAAAUGAGCACCUUAAACUCGCUAACAAGAUCUUCCACCUUACUCAUCCCGAUGUUGAGGAUAUCGAGAAAGUUCGUCUCAAAGAUGAGGUCUUAUCUUCCAUCAAAUCUGAUUUUAUGGUUUCGCUUUAUGAAACCCUAGCUGCAAAUGGAGUGUUGGAGUUGGAUCAAUCGCUGCUUGAUUCGAUGCGGCAAAGUAUUGAAGAUGAGCUUAAGAAACUCGAUGAGAAGAUAGCUGAUGCUGAAGAAAACUUGGGCGAAAGUGAAGUUCGAGAAGCUCAUUUGGCAAAGUCUUUAUUCUACAUAAGAACUGGUGAUAAAGAUAAAGCAUUGGAGCAGCUCAAGGUAACUGAGACCAAAACUGUUGCAGUUGGUCAGAAAAUGGAUCUGGUGUUCUUUACUCUUCAAGUUGGAUUGUUUGACAUGGACUUUGAUCUGAUUUCCAAAAGCAUAGAUAAAGCCAAAAACCUGUUUGAGGAAGGAGGUGAUUGGGAAAGAAAAAAUCGAUUGAAGGUGUAUGAGGGGCUGUAUUGCAUGUCUACUCGAAAUUUCAAGAAAGCAGCUAGCUUAUUUUUGGACUCCAUCUCAACUUUCACAACAUAUGAGCUUUUCCCUUAUGAUACCUUUAUAUUCUACACUGUCCUUACCAGUAUCAUAUCCCUUGAUAGAGUUUCCUUGAAACAAAAGGUAGUGGAUGCACCUGAGAUUUUAACUGUGAUCGGAAAGGUUCCUCAUUUGUCCGAGUUCCUGAACUCACUCUAUGAUUGUCAAUACAAGUCAUUUUUCUCUGCAUUUGCUGGUCUGACAGAACAAAUAAAGUUUGACCGCUAUUUGCAUCGACACUUCCGCUAUUACAUGAGGGAGGUCAGGACUGUCGUUUACUCUCAGUUUCUGGAAUCAUACAAGAGUGUAACCAUUGAAGCAAUGGCAAAGGCUUUUGGCGUGACAGUGGAGUUUAUUGACCUGGAGUUGUCUCGCUUUAUAGCAGCUGGAAAGCUGCACUGCAAAAUUGACAAGGUAGCUGGUGUUCUUGAGACCAAUCGGCCUGAUGCGAAAAAUGCUCUCUAUCAAGCAACUAUCAAGCAAGGAGAUUUCUUACUAAACAGAAUCCAGAAGCUGUCUCGUGUGAUUGAUCUGUAAAUUUAGUAAGAAAUUUGAAGCUUGCAGUUUGAUCUUUUAGCUAGAGAAUUCUCCUUUCAUGAGUCAGGAAAUUAAGUGUUCAAUUUAAUGUUUCUGCGUAAUUUUGGAGAAGAUUAGCCAUUGCAAAUUAUAAUCAAUUUUAUUGUAUACGCUUACUUUUGUAAACAUUUUUACCUGAGUUGAAGAUCAAGCGUCAAUAUGUGUUCUGGCUAUCCUAACUAGCUAUGUAUGACUAGUAUGAGCAUAACCUUACUGGCCUUGCUUCUUGUGUUUGAUCAAUCUAAGUUGUUUACAGUUGACAUGUUCAUCUUU